AUGAAAGACACUGAAGUAAAGUUGUAUGUUGACAAAAAUGUGCAACCUGUCACCCAGCCGCACAGACGCAUACCUUUUCACCUGAGAAAACAAGUUGAAGAUGAGCUCCAAAGGCUUGAAAAGUUAGACAUCAUUGAGAAAGUAUAUGGUCCGACAGAUUGGGUAUCACCGAUAGUGGUGGCUCCGAAGCCCAAAAGCAAAACAAACCAAAUAAGGAUUUGUGUUGACAUGAGAUUGCCUAAUCAAGCAAUAAAACGCACAAGACAUAUAAUUCCUACUAUUGAUGAUAUGAUCGUGGACUUAAGCGGUGCUAAAGUGUUCUCUAAAUUAGACUUGAAUCAGGGAUAUCACCAGCUGGAACUAUCAGAACAAUCACGAAACAUUACGACAUUCACCACACAUAUUGGACUGAGAAGAUACAAACGCCUAAGCUUUGGAAUAAAUAGCGCUGCGGAAAUUUUUCAAAACGCUUUAAGUACGACUCUAGAGGGAUUAGAUGGUGUGAAAAAUAUUUCGGAUGACAUAAUCGUAUAUGCUAGAAACCAAACAGAGCAUGACAGAAGGCUUGAAGCAGUCUUAAAGCGACUACAGCAAAUGAACAUUACGCUAAAUAAAAAGAAAUGUGAAUUCAACCAGAACAAAUUAGAGUUCUUUGGAUAUGUAUUUGGUGAAGACGGCAUGUCGGCAGACCCAAAGAAGGUCGAAACCAUCAAGAACACACCACCACCCAAGAAUGUGCCAGAGGUGAGAAGCUUUUUAGCUAUGACAAAUUAUGUGUCGCGCUUCAUUCAAAAUUACAGCACAAUUGCAGAGCCUCUAAGACGCCUGAUAAAGAAAAACGCAAAAUGGACAUGGCAAAAUGAACAAAAAGAAGCAUUCCUUAAGCUGAAAUCGAUUCUCAGCAGUGAUACUGUCAUGACCUACUUUGAUCCUAAUAAGGAAACACAGAUCAUCACAGAUGCAAGUCCCGUUGGAGUAGCCGCAAUAAUGCUACAAGAAGGAAAAGUUGUGUGCUAUGCAAGCAGGUCAUUGACAGACGUUGAAAGAAAUUCAUAUUCUCAGCAAGAAAGAGAGAAUUUGGCACUAGUUUGGGGUGUAGAACAUUGGCAUAUAUACUUAUAUGGACAUAAGUUCACUGUGAUCACUGAUGCGAAAUUCAUUGAAAAUAUCUACAGUAAUCCAAAGUCAAAAAUUGGAUCAGCAAGACUUGAACGCUGGAGAAUGCGACUAUUAUCAUACGACUUUAACGUCAUACAUAAAAGUGGAGAUUCAAACAUGUCGGAUUUCUUGAGCAGACACCCAGACACAGGAAAACACAAACAAACAAGUGUGGCAGAGGAAUAUGUUAAUUUCCUGGCAUAUCAUGAUGUCCCUGUAGCCAUGAACAUGAAUGAAAUAAUUCAAGCAACAUCCCAGGACGUUGACCUCCAAAUGGCCAUUAAAUAUGUCAAAUCUGGAAACUGGAAUAACCCAAGCAAAAACAAAAUCAUUGAUACCCUAUCACGCUGCAAAAACGAGCUGUCAGUAGUAAAUCUUCAAAAUGGUGAAAUUCUGCUGCAUGAGUCCAGGAUUGUUAUCCCUAGGCAAUUACAAGAUAAAGUGAUAUCAUUAGCUCAUGAGGGUCAUCAGGGAAUUGUUAAAACCAAACAAUUAUUAAGAGAGAAAAUGUAUUUCCCAGGCAUGGAUCAAUUAGUAGAAGCAAAAUGCAAAAGUUGCAUUCCGUGUCUAGCAGCAACAAAUAAAAAGACUCAAAAACCACUGCAAAUGAGUGAAAUGCCAAAAUAUGCGUUUCAGGUAGUUAGCUUGGACUUUUGUGGACCAUUUCCAGAUGGAAAGUAUUUACUCGUGCUAAUGGAUGAAUACUCACGUUUCCCGUUCGUUGAAGUACUUAAUUCAAUCACAGGCAACACAGUGAUUCCUGUGCUAGACAAAAUUUUCUCAGAAGCAGGGAUUCCAGAAGUGUUAAAGUCAGACAACGGAAGUCCCAUGAAUUCACACCAGUUCAAAGAUUUUGCUAAGCAUAUGGGUUUCAAACACAAGAAAAUAACUCCGCUGUGGCCGCAGGCAAAUGCUGAAUGUGAACGCUUCAUGAAAACAAUAGGCAAAACAAUCAGAGCUUCCCAUGUCCAUCAUUCUGAUUGGAAAAAAGACAUGUAUGCUUUUCUGAGAAAUUACAGAUCGACACCGCACGGAACGACAUCCGAAACACCCUCUGACCUAUUUUAUGGAAGACCCAUAAACAUUAAAAUUCCAUUCUUACAAAGGCAAAAGAAAUCGAAAAAACACAAAAACGCAAGAGAAAAUGACAGAAAAUCAAAGCAGAAAAUGAAAGACUAUGCUGAUACACGGAGAAACACAAGAAAAACUGAAAUUAAAAUUGGUGACAGUGUGUUGGUAAAACAAGACAAACACAACAAAUUUUCGACCCCAUACGAUCCAAUACCCUAUGAGGUAAUCAAGACAAAAGGGUCAAUGGUAACCGCCGAACGCGAGGACAAACAAAUAACUCGAAACUCUUCAUUCUUUAAACGUGUCGGAACGUCGAAAAAUGAGCCGAACAACGAGAAAAGCAACGCCAACCAUGAUACGACCGUAUCAUCCCAAUUCGAGAAGAAAACCAGGCACGAAACCCCAUCACACCAAGGCAACGACUCUGGCGAUGCCGUAUUACCACGAACACAAAGACAAAAAAAACCACCGGAUUACUUAAAAGAUUAUGUGUGUCAGAGUACUAAAUAG